GGGGCGGGAGGAGCCAUGGAGGACGCUGAUUACUUCGAAGGGAGCGCGGCAGAGUGGGGGAACGAGGCAGACGGAGGGACGCAAGACGAUGAGGAUGGGGAGGGGGAAGAUGAUGCCGAAGUCCAGCAAGAAUGCCUGAAGAAAUUUUCAACCCCUGACUAUAUAAUGGAGCCGUCUAUAUUUAACACGUUAAAGAGGUAUUUCCAAGCAGGAGGUUCUCCAGAGAACGUUAUCCAGCUCCUCUCUGAAAACUACACUGCAGUGGCACAGACUGUAAAUUUGCUGGCAGAGUGGCUCAUUCAGACAGGUGUUGAGCCACUGCAAGUUCAGGAGACUGUAGAAAACCAUUUAAAGAGCUUACUUAUUAAGCAUUUUGACCCUCGGAAAGCAGAUUCCAUCUUUACAGAGGAAGGAGAGACUCCAGCCUGGCUUGAGCAAAUGAUAGCACAUACUACAUGGAGAGAUCUCUUCUACAAGUUGGCAGAAGCCCAUCCUGACUGUUUAAUGCUUAAUUUUACUGUGAAGCUUAUAUCUGAUGCUGGAUAUCAAGGGGAAAUAACCAGUGUUUCAACAGCCUGUCAGCAACUAGAAGUAUUUUCCAGAGUCCUGCGUACAUCUCUGGCAACAAUUUUAGAUGGAGGAGAAGAAAACCUAGAAAAAAACCUCCCUGAGUUUGCUAAGAUGGUGUGCCAUGGAGAACACACUUACCUUUUUGCUCAAUCUAUGAUGUCCAUAUUGGCUCAAGAAGAGCAAGGAGGGUCAGCUGUCAGGCGGAUUGCUCAGGAGGUUCAGCGGUAUGCUCAUGAGAAAGGCCAUGAUGCCAGUCAGAUCACUUUAGCAUUGGGUACUGCAGCCUCCUAUCCUCGAGCAUGUCAGGCUCUUGGUGCUAUGUUGUCCAAAGGAGCUCUGAAUCCAGCAGACAUCACUGUCCUGUUCAAAAUGUUUACAAGCAUGGACCCACCUCCAGUGGAACUGAUUCGAGUACCUGCCUUUCUGGAUCUCUUCAUGCAGUCAUUGUUUAAGCCAGGUGCCAAGAUCAACCAGGAUCACAAACAUAAAUAUAUUCACAUACUGGCAUAUGCAGCUAGUGUAGUAGAGAUGUGGAAGAAGAAUAAGAGAGUCAGUAUAAACAAGGAUGAACUGAAGUCAACUUCAAAAGCCAUUGAAACUGUUCACAAUCUGUGUUGCAAUGAGAACAAAGGAGCGUCAGAGUUGGUUGCAGAACUGAGCACUCUCUAUCAGUGCAUCAGGUUCCCAGUCGUGGCAAUGGGUGUAUUAAAGUGGGUAGAUUGGACAGUGUCAGAACCACGAUACUUCCAGCUGCAGACUGAUCACACUCCAGUUCAUCUGGCAUUAUUGGAUGAGAUCAGUACGUGCCAUCAGCUACUUCAUCCCCAAGUUCUACAACUUCUUGUCAAGCUCUUUGAAACAGAGCAUUCACAGCUUGAUGUAAUGGAGCAGCUGGAAUUGAAGAAGACUCUCUUGGAUAGAAUGGUGCACUUACUCAGCCGUGGAUAUGUCCUUCCUGUUGUCAGCUAUAUCCGCAAAUGCCUGGAGAAGCUAGAUACAGAUAUCUCUCUCAUCAGAUACUUUGUUACAGAGGUACUUGAUGUGAUUGCUCCUCCAUAUACCUCGGACUUUGUACAGCUUUUUCUUCCAAUCUUGGAGAAUGAAAGUAUUGCAGGCACUAUUAAAACAGAAGGUGAACAUGACCCUGUGACUGAAUUUAUAGCUCAUUGCAAAUCUAACUUUAUUAUGAUAAACUAAGCAGUGGAAAACACGAAGAACACAGAGCACACUAUCACUGCUUUACCAUACUCUGCACCAGAAAGGCUCUGUAACUGGGCAGCAAAGCAGCAAAAAUAACCC